ACGUCUCGCGUCGACCGUUUCCAGGAAGUGUUGGCAUUUUUCCGUUGUGUCGGUUACACACGUGGUUGUUUUCCUCUCGGAAACUGUGGGCGCUCUCUCGCGCUCAUGAUCUCUCUUUUCCGUUUCUCACCGAAUGUCACUCCCACAUGGGUAACGCGCCGAAGGAGUCUGAGAAUUUGUUGGAGACCACCCAUCAUCCUGAGUCAUGGUUUCCCGACGGGGGUUCGGGGGUUCUCUUCGCUAGCUAAAUAGUGAUCUGGAAAAUCUGGCCGAGAGCAGCAGUGCCCCGUGUUCUUGCGGAGGUGAAAUGAAAAUGAAACGUGUGUGCGUGAGUGUCCCUCGUGCUGUACAUAUUCGGAACGGUUUAUCACAUGCGACUGCUGACGGUGUGUUUGUGUACUUUAGCUAAUCCAUUGACAAAAGAAACAGAUAAUCGGCAACAAGAAGGUACAAUCACCCCCAGGGAGAGAGAGAGAGGAUCAUACACAAUCAAUCAACACAGAUCGGUUUAGUAUCAAGCAGCGUAUCGAACGGUGAACAGCAAGCUGCCUGCGUUAGGAUGGCCACCGUAUACUACCACCCGUGAAGAGAUAUAUCUCGCUCUUUCUCACGCACCUUUGCUCACGCUCACGUCUGGCAUCUCUCGCAGAGACGCAGUGGAAAGAAAAUGGAUUUGAUUAUUGUCAAAAAUUUUCCCUCGACGUGACGUUUCCAGUUUGGGGCGCUAUGCCCCUGUGAGCCAGCAUCGUGUCUUCCGUGACGCGUAGUGUGUUUGCACUGUCGAUGUGGUGUAUCCGUUAGUGUACUGUACGGGAGUCCGUAACAUCAGUGUUGCAUAUAUUGUGUGUUUGUGUGUGUCGAACGACAGUGAAAGGAGUAAACGGCAUCAGCGAAGGAAGCAUAUGGGGGCUUUUUUCGUUUGGAUACAAUUUGUCCAAACAUUAAGCGAGCGGAUCAGUCCAGCGGGAGCGCAAAGGAAAGCACCGACGUGGUUGGUGGUCGGUGCGAGCGAGAUGGUCAGUGUAAAAUCUCACAAUCAAACGGAAAUUAGCUGGAGAAUGAUGCGUGAGAUAUGAAGCCGUGGGGAUAAAAAAAUGGUGACAAUAUUGUGUAUGUGUGCAUAUGUUAAACGUGAAACAAAUCUAAGCAAUCGGUGAAUGAUUGCUCCAUUUGCUGCUUCCGUAAUUGUGUGGGAUAAAAAGAGAGGGAGAGAGUGCGAGAGAGCGAAAGCGAGUGUGUGUGAAAUGAGAUGUGUCAAAUUAGUGUUGGAUACUCCUCGCGGAAGCUGUUUCUUCUUGUGUGAAGAAUUCGUGAAAGGACCAAGCCGUUUUUAACCAAACAUUUUAUCACCACGUACCACGAACAAGUAGAAUAUUUCACUGUGUGUGUGUGUGCGUGAAUGUUGAAGGAAACAUUCGAGCAAACCGCAGGUUGCUUUGUUUUCGCUGACGGUAAAGAAAAAAUUUCGCUGAGGUGUUUUUUUUGUUGUUCUUAUUCGGUCGGUUGAAGAAGGAUAACACUCACGAAUCUCGGUGAUAAGUCGUGCGGGAAAUUGAAGCACAAUGGUGGCGCCUUGAUGGCAGAACGGCACUGUUUUGCGUUCGGGCCUGCACGCGGAUGGUGGUCCCAUCCUGACAACACCACGACCAUGUCCUAGUGAUGGCGGAAUGCGCGUGGCCUAUUGAAAGAAAGUGGGUGAAUGACAUGAGUGAGUGAUGCUGAAUGAACAUUUGUGUCCCAAAGCGAUUACUCCAGAAUCUCCGCUAAUCCUUGGGAGAUUGUUUUGCUGUGUGUCUGUGUGUGAGAAGUUGCUAAAUAAUAGGUGUAAAUGCAAGAAGAAUGAGCUGAAUCAUUGAGAUGUUGCUACCGGAAGGAAAAAUGUGUUCCAAAGUGUGUUGCAUCUUAUCGAGUGAAAGCCAUCUGAAAUCUACUAACACACGCCUACUGUGAUGAUUUGCCACGUAUAGUGUGCUUGUGUGUGUGCUCCGGUUAGCUUCUCAUCCUAAAGGAGGAACCUCUCGUGGAGGCCGAAAUAUGGAGCGCGUUUGGCGUAAAGUAAAUCAAGGCCUAACGUUACGAUCAUCAUCAUCGAAGGCCGGUGGUGUGAGCGUCGGUGGUCCACCCGUGCCAAAUUCUUCGUCGGCCACAGCAGGCACAUUGACCGGGUCGGGCGCCACGGCUGCUGCUGCUGCUGCUGCUGGCCCAUCGUCCGGUGUUCCUCACUCGACCGAUACGACAAGUUCGGCCGGUUUCGGUGAAUCACAGGUGGUGGCGGUACAGCGGCGCCGUUCGGUGGUGCCUCAGGCAAGCACGGCCUCGUCGGAAAAGCGGCGACGUCGGCGUAGGCGCAGCCGACCCAGCCGGGAAGGUGCAUCGCAAAGCGGACAUGGAUCGGGUGGUCACCACAAAGGCCAUUCCUCGAACGGACGGCGAGGAAACAACCAAUCCGUCACCAUCGCGCAACAGUCCAACGAACAAUCGCUUCGACAACGAGCCGUGGCCCGGUUGAAGAUGUUCAACUUCAACCUCAACUGGGACCUUCACAUGACGCAGUGCAAACCGUGCGGGCCUAAGAGCAGUGGGAACAUUAUCACUCGCAGGCUGUGCCGUAAUCGGCGUGGCGAGGACAACGAACUCUAUCGCUCGAACAGCUUCAAGUUCGAGCGGUUCGAACGGAAGGAUCCGAUGGAUACGGGUGCACGGACAAUGCUGAGAAAACAGAUAUCCGUCUGUGAUGACUACAGCUUACCGAUUGACUUUGUAAAGAAACGACCGUCCAGUUUUGAUCCCUGCCUCGUACAGCAUAUACCAACCAAUUGGGCCUCCCCAAGUCCACAAUCAGAUCACGUUUCAUUUCUAGAACCAUUAAUACUGCAACAACCCUUGUCAGCGGUUCCGACCAUCGUCAACAGUAACAUACCGGCAAGCGCUACACUCACAUCCGGCAUUCCAGCUGGUGGUACCAUCGGUCGUCCAUCGCUUCCCUUAGUACCGUCCGCUUCCGGUCCAUCCCUGUGUCAGUCGCAAACGGUGCCGGAUGCAGCGGCCACUGCUGCCGCCAACACGGUCGCUAUCAAGACGCUCGAAGAGAUCUUCGACACACAUCGCAGCUACAAAGCCACCGGGAGACACCGUGCAAGGAGUCGUACCCGCCGUCCGGACAGUUGUUCGGAGGUGAAAUAUAUUAAUCAAAAUUUUAGUUCCGGUUCGUCUGCACCGGUGUCCUCAGAGGAGGAGGACAACGACGAGGAAGAGGACGAGCUAAGUAAGAUACCGGAGCUUAACUCUCCGGAUAGUAUUUCGGACGAUUUGGUCCAGCCACUUCCACUGCGCCAGAGUCCAGUUAAAACCACUGGUCCAGAUACAGCCAAAAGGAAUCCUUCCCCGUACUACUAUUCAGAUCUGCUGAAGAAUAAACAGCGAGAAAAGGAAGGAAUCGAUCGUGAAGAAGUUACUCAGGAAGAAGGUGGUGGUCAAGAAGAACCUACCCCCAAGCCCACUACAUCGUCACAAGCUCCCGGCGACGGUGGAAGUACACGGCAGGGUCGUGAAGUUGGUGUACGCUACAAGAAGAGCAGCAGCCUAGACACACCCGGAGCGGAGAAAGAAGUUUGCCUACCGAAGCGCUACUCCAUCACAGAGGAAGGUGUGCGUAUCAUCCGGUGCGACUCACCGUCCACGACUACCUCGGACGAUUCGGACUGCUCCGAAUGUUGCAAGCGUCGGGCGUGGCAUGCGCAAGCAUUAGCCAUCACACGUGCAAGCUGUAACGUUGGUCCCCUGGUCGAUGCUAGUUCGAUGCCACCGCACCGUUUGCUAGGACCAGCGGCAGUCUGUGCCUGUGCGACGCCGGCCUUCGGCGAUGAUAACGAUGAACUCUUCCGUCCGCGCAGUAUAUUCUACGUGCACCAACCGGGCGCCGAAGACUGUGCCGACUGUGCGCUGAGCGCUGACCCUGCCGCCCUAGUGCCGAACGCAGCCGUACCGGACGAGAUGGCGAACGUGCGCACCCGCCAGAUCUACGAGACGGCGUUCGAUUCGAAGAUUACCCGGUCGGACGACGAUCUGGACGAGGUGGACCGGAUCACGAACCAGAGCGUGCUGCUGCAGCUGACGAAGAGUAACAGCAGCAGUGCGAGCAACAUGGUCUCCGGCCAGGGUCGCAGCAAGCGGCUGGAGACGAAGCGCAACAAAGCUGCUUCCAGUAAAACGCCUUCCACUAGUCAGCCGGCACCGGUCGGUGGGCCCGACACUGAAGGGCCGGACGAGAUUGCCAAAGCGGACCAACUGUUGGCGCAAGACCUGCAGGAGAAGUUACAGAUCGACAAACAAAUGGACAAUAUCGCAAACGCAAACUCAACGUCUUCCUCACAGCUUCCCUUGCGGGGAUACACACCAUCCCCACCCUCCACCGCACCGCUGCCGAUGAAGUUCCCCGGCAAGCACGAACGGUUCUUCAUCAACAGCAUCAAGAGUGCGCCGAAUCUUCCCUCCUCGAACGCGGUUGCACAGCACCCACGGCUCAAGGACCUCCGGCUGGACAUACAGAACGUGCGCAACAAUGAAGUUCCUUCGGGUAGCUGCGAUGGUAGCAUGAACGACGGUGCACCGUUCAGCCAUGGCAGCAAGGUCGGUGAGCGGCCCCGGUCAACGCUGUGUCUGGAGCCGGAGCGUGUGCUCGAGCUGAAGCGAGGACAUCGCACGUCGCACCACCAUCACGGCAAACAGUCGGCACAUCAGCAGCGGGGGCGCAAUUUUUCUUCCACGGAAAGUAUGGCCACAUCGAGCAGUGGUGGUAGCAUGGAGUCACUCAAGUCCAGCACCAGCGAGGGUAACCGAAGCACGUCCAGCUCGGAUUCGCGCCACUCGUCAUCGCUUAGCUCACACAGCUCCGAUUCGGGACCUUCGUUGGCGUUCCCGCUGCGUGUGCCGGUAGCCGUACACAACAAGCUAAACAUUUUGAGUCCCAUCUCGGAUAAAUCGUCCCAGGAACCGGGAUCCGAGACGUCGGACAUUAACAAUCGGAACAACAACUCCCAGAAACAGUCGCCGGUGGAUGGGACGGGGGUGAAUGUAGUGAGCACCACUACCGCUGGAGGUACCUUGACCUCCAAGAAGGAGGGUGAAGAGAGCGUCACAAACGCUGGUGGAAGUGCCGUAGGUACGGAGGCUGUGAAAACGAGCGUCACAAAGAGACGUUCGGCACCGAACAAGGCUUUGUUGUUAAUAACGGGUCCUGAAAUACAAGGCUCGGACAGUGGAAUCUCGCUCCACUCACGCGAGGAUCUAAAAUCUCGAACGAACUUUUUGAACGCCAGCAUUCAGCGUGCAUCGCUCGGGCAGGACAAGCAAGGUGACCACGGCAAAGGCCAGGCAGGACUUCCGCAAGACCUCAACGAUCUUCCUUUUGACAUGCCAAAGCUACGACGAAGAAGAGCACACUUGCAGCAGGAACCUUGCACAUCUGGCAGUGUCACGUCGGUGGACGUGGGUGAUUUACCCUUCGAUAUGCCGAAACUGAGGCGUCGUUUGCGAUUGUCGCAAAAUCAGCAACAUCAGCAGCAACAGCAGCUGCUGCAGCAACAGCAACAGCAGCAACAGCAGCAGCAGCAUCAUCACCCAUUCCCAGGCACUGCGUCUACGUCGGGCGGUAUGUUGCUGCAGACGAGCACCGAAUCGAGCGGCCUGUCACAAGCUUCGUCCAGCCUAUCGAUGCGAGACUCCGAUAGCAAGCUGGCACUGGCUGGAGGUUUCUUCAAGCAAAGCUUAACGCUUAACCUUAACGAGUGUGGCAAUCGGCCACCGAAAAAGUUUGGCACGCUGGAUCUGGGCCUCAAUCUGGGCUCGAAUCGGCCAAACGUGGACCUCAUCGAUGCAUCCAUUCCACUCGAUCGGCAAGGCUGGUACCAUGGUUCCAUCAGCCGGAUCGAUGCCGAAAAAAUCCUUCGACCACUGUCGGAGGGAAGCUUCCUGGUGCGUAACAGCGAAUCAACCCGCCAGGAUUAUUCACUCACAUUAAAGAGCGCCAAAGGCUUCAUGCACAUGCGGAUACAGCGCGAUGCCGACACGGGCCAGUUCAUACUCGGCCAGUUUAGCCGCCCGUUUCCCACGAUACCGGACAUGAUCAGGCACUUCUGUUUGAAUCGCUUGCCGGUGCGUGGUGCCGAGCACAUGUGUCUUCUCGAACCGGUCAUUGCGCAAAUCCUCUGAGCUAGCCCUAUAAGGACUGGGACUGUGUGCGCAGCCGGAAGAAGAGGGGUGGGGGGGGGGGGGAAACAAAACUCAAAGUUUAGCGAGACGAUCGGCAGGAACGUUUGUUUAGCGUUAAGAAGCAAGUCAAUAGAAUGGCCCACAACAAAGUAGGAGUUGGUUAGGGACAGUUGCAUAGAUUUAGGCGCGCGCCACCCUAUGCGAUAGAGAACUCGCAUAGUGAAACACUCUGGUAGGAUGCAUUUUGCAAGCCUUUAAGCUCCGUUUUAACGAGACUCACAGGUAAAACAAAAGGGGAGCACAGCUUUUAACUGGCUCCUUGAAA